AUGUCUAAGGAAGACCUUUGUCAUGCGAAGUUGAUGCAAGAGGUGCACGAUCAAUUAAACGAGGAUGGUCGAUCCACUUAUAUGCUUUUCUACACAUCGACCACGGACGAAGGGCGAAAAAUAAAAGUGGCUUUGAAGACUGAUUCGGAUUUGAACCGGCUGAUUUCCGAGCAUAAGAAAUAUCCCGUUGUUUACGUGAUCGAGAAGGGCAAACAAUCUGCGGCUCCGGUUCCUCAGACUCAAGAGCGGGAAGCGUGGAGACAGACAGGGCCUCAGAAUUUCACAUCGGAUGAUCAGCCCGAUGUCGAGCCUCGUGUUGGAGUUCAGCAGCUUGAGGCACGUGACUGGGGGAUUCCAGUCCUCGAUUUUGACGAUGCGCCGGCAUUAGGUUGGGAGGCUUCUAACGUAUUGGAGAGCGGGAUAUUAUCAGUGGGGGCUCUAUUCCGGUCGAAGAAUGAUUUGGCAAUCGCUGUUGGCCUGUACCAUAUGGAGAAUCACGUGGAGUACGCCGUGCAUCGUUCCAGUACGACCCGUUUGUGGUUUGUUUGCAAGCAUGGCAACGGUUGUCCGUUCAUGCUGCGAGCCGUUCAGAGUGCAUCGAUCUGGAGAGUGAUCAAGGUGGUGAUGGAUCAUACCUGCCACACGGAUUUGAAUCGUACUGCCCCGAGACAGAUUCCGGCGAGGGUUGUUGGAAGAUAUUUUGCACAGAAAUUGGUAGGCGAGGGGGUCGUUUUGAAGCCGAAGGAGAUGAUGUCAGAGAUGCAGCGCUUAUUCGGUAUUGAGAUCAAUUACAGCUUCGCUCUCCGUGCAAGAAACAUCGCGAUUGAGAUGACAUAUGGUGAUUUUGGGAACUCGUAUCAGAUGCUCCCAUCGUAUUUGUAUAUGCUGAGAAUGAGUAAUCCCGGCACAUUAUACGACCUUGAGAUGAAGGAUGAUGGCAAGUUCCAUCAUAUGUUUGUUGCACUUGGACAGAGCGUGGCUGCCUUUGAGAAGGGUUACUUGAGGCCGGUCAUCGUCGUAGACGGGACCCAUCUGAAGGGAAGGAACGGCGGCAUUUUGUUCGUCGCUGUUACAAAGGAUGGGAACGAAGCAAUAUUUCCUCUCGCAGUUGGGCUUGGUCCUAUCGAGAACGACGAGUCUUGGACUUGGUUCUUCCACCGACUGCGGACUUGCUUUGGUCAGCCGGAUGAUCUCUUGAUUGUGUCUGAUCAGCACAAGAGCAUCAGAAAUGCUGUGGAGUGUGUCUACCCGAACGUCCCUCACGGGUUGUGCUAUUACCAUAUCCAGAAGAAUCUCGCGCAUUAUGGGCAGCAUGUAGCUGCAGUCUUCAAAGCAGCGGCAUAUUCCUAUCGAUCAGACGAUUUUCAAAGGAAUUUUUCUGCGCUUCAAGUACUGAAAGUCAACGCGCACACACGCCUCAACACUAUUGGUGUGGAGAGAUGGGCCAGGUCCAAGUGCCCUGUACGACGCACGAGCUUCAUGACGUCGAAUGCUGCCGAGAUGAUGAACAGUAGACUGUUGUGGGCACGAUGCCUCCCGGUUGCUUCAUUGAUCGAGACCUAUCGAGCCAUUAUGGAGAAAUGGUUCGAUAGGCGACGCAUCUCGGCUGCAUCGAGGUCACAUGAGUUGACUGAGGUAGUAGAGGGAAAGUUGCAUGUGGCUGUCGAAGCGGGUCGGCAAUUGGCUGUUCGAGGGACGACGACGCACAUGUUUAGUGUUGAGGAUGAUCAUGCAUUCUACAUUGUCGAUCUCGAGAAUCGGAUUUGUAGUUGUGCUCAGUUCGACCUGGAUGACAUUCCGUGUCGUCAUGCUUGUGCCGCUAUUAGGCGUGCAUGA